AUGGGUCUUUCUCCUUAUUCCAAUGAAGUCCUUACGGUGGCCUUGGUCCUUCUGUUCCUGUCUUCCACUGUUUUGUGUGACUGCUCAACUCCAACUCUACCCCCGCAUUCUUCACUAAGAAGCGGAGGAACCCUAAAAGAUAGCUAUCCUACUGGAACUGUUUUGCAAUUAACUUGCAUCAUAGGUUAUGAACCUAUACCUGGAAUGCCUCCUGCUAUUGCAUGUCUUCCAACUGGAAAGUGGGCGGACACUCCUACAUUUUGUCGAGGAAGGCGAUGUCCAACUCCACAUGUAGAUAAUGGCAGAAUAGUAUCCUCAACUGACCUCCGGCUUGGCGAAACAGUAACCUUUGCCUGCGAUCACGGGUUCAGAAUAAUAGGCGAUUCUACCCUUCGAUGCGUUCUAAAAUCAGGCAGAGUUGACUGGAAUAGACAUCCUCCACACUGCCAACGUAUUCCUUGUGUUCGCCCUCCUACAAUUUCCAAUGGAAGGUAUAAUCCUGACCCUGCAGAUGAAUAUUCUAUUGGCUCAGCAGUUAUAUACCGGUGUGAUGCCGAUUACUCUCUUAUUGGAAAUUCAAGUAUUACCUGUAUAGUUACAGCUGAUGGUCUAAAUGGAGAGUGGAAUUCACGUCCACCUGAAUGUAAAAAGGUCACUUGUAAUAGGCCAAAUAUCCCAAAUGGGAGACUGACAACUGUGUUUCAACCUACAUAUACAUAUGGCACUGGUAUAUCAUUUCAGUGCAAUCCUGGCUAUACUUUGGUAGGGGCUGCUUUUGUUAGAUGUGGUGCUAAGAAUACAUGGAAUCCUCCUGUUCCAAGUUGUGUCAAGACUGUAGUCUCCACCACUACCAAACCUGGACUCCCACCACCAGGUCAUCCUGCCCCACCUGCUGUUCCUCCUAUAUUCCCAGUUCCCCCUACACCUGUUCCUCCAGAAGAUGAAACUAAAGAAAUUCCAGUGCUCCCAACCCAAAGUGAAACAAUUCCCACAGAUGAAUCAGGAUCUGGCAAAACUGUUGGAAUUGCUAUUGGAGUUAUUCUUGCAGCUAUAAUUCUGACUGCUUUAAUUUUUGCAUCUGUGAAAUGGAUAUUUUGCCGGAGGAAAGCUGACACUCCUGUAUCAGGGAAAGAUACAGCUUUGGAGGGAAGAAAAACGAUUGAUGAUCUGAGUCCACGGAAAUUUCAAAGUAAAACUUCAGAAACUUUUCAACGUUCUUCCACUUCAGAAAUGAAAAUGGGGACUCAGUGA